AUGAGUGAAAGUAAACAACAUGCGCAUGGAAUAGGCAAGCAAUUAGAAGAUAUUCCCAAUAUAAAAGAAUGUCAAAUAUUUACCACGAUUUUGAAGGAAAAAAAAGAUAGGCACAUAUUUUCUUCGUGCGUAGCUUAUGAUACUCCUGAGAAUCCAAUAAUUAUUGUUAGUCAUGUUCCAAAUAAGAAAAAAAAACUUGCCAAAAAAUCGAAUCCAAAAUGCAUAAAUAUCCAAAUUGGAUGGAUGAUUGUGGGAUAUCCAACAGAUACUUUUGACUUUGAAUUAUCAAAUCAAAUUAUAAUUGAAAGUGAAAAACGAGAAUUGAAUGACCAAUAUAUUGUUGAUAAUAUUUCGCAUAUGACUAAUUUGAACUUAGGAAAAUUUUCAUUAUCUACAUGUGUUAUAGAUAACGUAGAAAAUUCUUUACAAGAAACAUGUUCAACUUCAGAGUUAUCAUCAACUAACAAUUCAAACAAUACAAAUCAAUUAAACGUGCGUGAUUUUAAACUAGUCGUUGGGUCACAUUUUUCCCUUCGCCUAAAUUCUGCUUGUUUAUUUGCUUACUGCUCGAAAAUGCGCAAAAGGCAAUUGAACGCAGACGAUGAGUCACUUUUACGACAUUUAAAAUUAUUUAUUUGUACUAUUUAUACAAAACAACUUGUUCCUAUUGAAUACUUUAAUGACAAAGUCAAAUGGAAAAGUAAGAAUAUAGUUUCAAAAUCAAGAACUUUAUACUUGAAAACAGAUGGAAUUAAUCCCAAUGAAAAGCCUAUAUUCGUAAAUCAUUCUCUUGACAAAGAUUGUCAUGACGAUGAAUGCCAUGGAAUAAUUAAUGCUUCUCCCGGCCAUCUUCAUUUUAAGGUAUUAAAUGAUUAUUCAUCUGUUAACAACAAACCAGAAAUUUCUUAUUUCAGUAUCUUUCCAGAGGAACUACUGUAUAAAAAUGAGGUUUGA